AUGAAAUUUGUUCUGCUCUUGGUUUUUGCUCUAGCAACAACUAUGUCCAAGGCAAAAGUAUUCACAAGAUGCGAGUUGGCCCAAGAAUUACUGAAACAAGGUUUUGAUAAGAAUUUAUUGGACCAUUGGGUAUGCUUGGUGGAAGCUGAAAGCUCCCGCAACACCGCUGCUGUUGGUCCAGCGAACAGCAACGGAUCCCGCGACUACGGACUUUUCCAAAUCAACAAUAAAUAUUGGUGCUCAAAUGGUGUUGCUGGAAAAGAUUGCAACGUCAAAUGUGAAGAUCUGACCACCAACGACAUUACCAAAGCCUCCAAAUGCGCUAAAUUGAUCUACCAACGUCAUGGUUUCACUGCUUGGUACGGAUGGCAAGCCAAGUGCCAAACUACCCGCCCCAACCUCAGCUCCUGCUUCUAA